AUGCUCGAAAGAGAUAUUGUUCUUAGCCUCCAGGCUGGCGAGCACAAUGUGGUGGUAGAAUGGCGCAAGUGGGGCUCGUACAUUCGAGCUUGGAGAAACUCGCCCUCCUUCUUGGACGGGUUCGCCAUGUCGCGCUUCGUCGUUGCUAUGGGAGAGCGCUUCGACGUGGUGUCACAAAAUUUUCUCACUCCGGUUGUCCUCAAAGACCCUCUGAACGAAUGGCACACGGUAGGAGGAAAGCAGCUCGAGUUCUAUCUUCAUGGCCCAGCCACAGCGCUCUUCACUUAUGGACUGCCUGUCACGCAGUAUGGCCAUCCAACUUUUGACUCUUGGUCGUGGGAACGCUGGAGCUCUAUCCAAGCGCGAUUGCUGGUCGAUGGGGUGCCGUACAGGCAUUCUGCGAGCCAGCUAGAUGGGUCACAGCGAGCGGUUGGCGAACUUCGAGGUUUGCUUGUCGUGAGUUUGGCUUCUGGUAGCCACACCGCGGCGCUUCAGUGGAAAGCUGACAGUACCCACGGAUCGGUGCCGUGGUACGUGCUGAACGGCGUAGGCGGUUUUUUUCAGGGAGGAGAGGAGCUCUUGGUUCUGGUUAACGCUGAGAAUAACCAGCCGGAAGUUAUUUUGCCGUCGGGCCCUUUCAGUGUCAACGAGGACGAAGAGACAUAUAUCUCUGGCGCACGCGUUUCAGAUGUCGAUAUGGAAGUUUCGGCCAACUACGAGCUUGCUGUUCGAUUGUCGGUCGAGCAAGGGGUUGUGUCCCUCAAUGGCACUGAUGGACUCGGUUUCAGCGUUGGCGACGGCGUCGAGGAUGAGCUCGUAUACUUUCACGGGUCCGCUGCCAAUGUCGGUAAUGCUUUGGGAAGCAUAUCAUACCGAGGUCACUUCAACUGGUACGGGAAUGAUACGCUGACUCUGACAGUGAAUGACCAGAUGUAUCUUGGGGCAGGAGAAGCCAAAUCCGAUACAAAGCAGGUCAUCAUUACUGCGGUGUCAGUCCCAGAUGCUCCUGAGAUUGUGAUUCCCACGAGCCCUGUCGUUGAGGAAGACGGUGAGCUCAUCCUCAGCGGUUUAGGCAUGUACGACGCUGACGUGUCCAGACCUGGUGACGAAGGGCUGCUCUUCGACGUUUGGCUUGAGGCUGUCUCUGGGCGGCUCUCGUUGAAUGGAACAUCGGGGAUUUCCGAUCGCUUCGUGUACUUCACGGGCACUCUUGCGAACAUCAACGAAGCCGUUGGUCUGCUCACAUAUGUACCAGAUGAAGACUUCAACAGCCAUCAGCACGCAGAGCUCUUGACGGUCUCGAUAUGGCAAAUAGAAUCCAGCGAAGCCAAGACCAUGCUUCUUCUGACAUCCGUGCGCCUGCUACCGAACUCUCCUUUGGUGCCCUACUACCCAACGAAGGUCGUCGGUGUUCUACCUGUUAUGGUGGAUGCGGUCAAUGACUCUCCAAAAGUGGUCACCCCGCAUCAUCACGUGAUGAAGCUUGGUGCGUUUGGGAUCUGGAAUCAAUACCUCCAGACUCAGACAGGAAUGUCGGCGACCACAGGCAACCUAACGGUUGGAAUAUUGACCGACACGGCAUCCGGGCAAAUCAUGCUCCAUGGGAUUGACACCGAGAAUGUAUCCCUCCAGGUGGUGGAUGGGGCGACGUAUGGGAUGGAGAUCGUGUUGACCGGAAGUGCAGAGGAUCUGACGUCACAGCUGGCGCAGGCAGAGUUGAUGUACACCAGAAGCCCAGGUUAUGACGGCCCAGACGCUUUUCAGGUCAGCGUUGGGGACGGAAGCCUUGCAGGAAUCGAGCGGUCUGUGUUCGAGGUUAGCUUAUACCGUAUGGGAGACCCAGAUGCCACGAUGCCGUCUCCAAGAAUCAUCUCGGUAGAGCCCAAUCAGAUAAGCCCCGAAGGUCGCGACACGGUUUCGAUUUUUGGCACUUUUUUCGAUACAUUCCCUGAUCCUUCGGCCACGGUGUACGUGCAAUUUGGAUCCAGCGAACCAGUGGUUGGUGACGUGGUGGGUAGUACCGAAAUUGUUUGUACGGCACCACCGACAACCUCCAGCAGUACCUAUUCGGAGGGUGUUCAAGGCUACUUCGUGUUCGUAAAGCUCACGAACCUCGUGAACUUCUGGAGCAAUGCUGUCCCACUUUUCGUCGAGAUUCAGCCGGAAGUCUUGUCGAUAUGGCCAGAUGCUGGUCCCGCUUGCGGAGGGACCAGCGUGUCGGUUAUCGGACGAAAUUUUCUUCCGUCAGAGUCUUUGAUGUGCGUGUUUGGCGAUGGCAAUGGCAACGCGUCAACUCUGGCCAGUUGGCGUUCUUCUGACCUCCUGGAGUGUGUUUCACCAUCAUGGGCGUUGCCGCAUGGAGAAGACGGCGUCAUCGUCCCGUUCGUUGUGAGCACGAGCAGGGAGCAGGGCCAGCAAUCGGCCGCUUCCUUCCGCUUCGUCGCCUCUAUUACUGUUGAAAGCGUUUCGCCCGAAACGGGUUCAGCAGAAAGCUGGACAAACGUUACGAUUUCCGGCGCACAUCUCAACGGCUACGAUCUUACUUGCGUCAUCGGGGGCCAUGAAGUACUACCCGUAGUUCAGGAGGAUGCCUAUCUCCAAUGUACUGUACCACCCCGUGGAAUUCCACUUGAACGCACCUUCAGAAUAACGGUAGCAUCAACGAUUGGUGCUCCUGGGAUUGAGCACUCCGAUCGAUACGAGGUGGUUGACGCCGACCUCGCGACUGUGAGCGAGACUUUGGAUUCCAUCAGCCAGGUCCAGCCAGGGCUUGGCCCGGGGACUGUCGUUCUUCCGCUUGUGCGUGGUCACCAGUAUUGGCUGGACCAAAGCGAUGAAUCUAACUUUGGACAUCCGAUAGCGUUUUCGUCCGACCCGAGAGGGGUCCACGGUUCCGGUGGAAAAGCUUGGACCAAGGGUGUGCAGCGGCUUGCUUUGUCUGGGGGAACACAUGCCGGUAGCCCCGUUGGUACAAACGGGGCAGGAGCGGGCGUGGUGAGCUUCCUCGUGCCAAUGGAUGCCCCAGAUGUCCUCUACAUGUACUCGGAAGCAUCCCCUGGGCUGGAGCACGGCAUCGCUGCGAUCGUUACUGACCAUGUUGAACACACAUUUGUCAGGGUUGUUGCAACCCAUGGGUCUGCCUGCGAUCCUGCCGUUCACCCUUUCAGGUACCAUUCCGUUUCCAUCGAGAACGCAGUUUCAAUGGCGCAAGAUACACGCGUAGUGCUGGCGGGGAGGGGUUUCGUCAAUAGCACUCGGUUGGCAUGCAAGAUCGGCGACGCCGAUCCGGUUUCGGCAUUUUUUUCUUCUUCUACCGAGAUCAGCUGUCCUGAUCCUGGACCCUUCGCGGAUGAAACUUCCACCGUGGUCAAGGCUACCGUGGACGGAAUCGAUUUUUCCGCGGCGAGUGCCUUGUUCACCCACAGUCGGAUCCCAUAUGUGUUGUCAAUCCGUCCCACAACAGGGCCACAUCGUGGCGGUACCUCCGUAUUCCUGUCCGGAGCACACUUCCCCAAUUCUGGCCGACUUGUUUGCAGCUUCGGUGGGUUGCUUGUACCUGCGAGAUGGCUGUCAGGGGAGCUCCUACACUGUGUGUCCCCAGCAACGCCCGAAACUGGUGCAGUCGUUGUUCAAGUGUUUGCGGCUGGAGGCGUGUUUGCUUCGGAGGGGCUGGACUUCUUGUUCUACAGAACGGCAGUGCUAGCGGCCAUUCCGAGAGUGGGACCUAGGGGUGGUGGCACCCCGGUGUCAAUUCAUGGCGAGGGAUUUGAAAAAUCUGGAGAAUAUGUGGUGCGUUUCGGGCUGUUGUAUGCCCAGGCCAUUUUCGUGACCUCGUCCGAAAUACAGUGCCGCACACCAGGACAGCUGAACGCCGGCGAGGUAGAGGUUUCGGUCACCGUCAAUGGCAUCGACGUUGACACCGGUUCCGACGCUGUUUUCACCUACACUGCGCCAGCCACCUUGGCGUCCAUUGAACCCUCUUGGGGACUCAAGGACGAUGAGACAACUAUCAUCCUGCACGGCAGCGGGUUUGCGAAUACCUCCGAGCUUGCCUGCUCCUUCGGUGGGAGUGGAAUGCGGUUUGUCGCAUCGUUUAUAUCAACACGGCAUGUUUCAUGCACAGUUCCCGUCGGAAUCGCCGAGGGUGAAUACGACGUGGAUGUGACGACCAACGGGCAAGAGUUCACUAGGAGUGGUGCCAAGUUCAGAGUGGAGGAGGAGCCGACCAUUUUGUCAAUUUUUCCGAACAGUGGCCCAACCUGGGGGGGAGAAGCAGUGCAUGUGAAAGGCUUCAACUUCAAGCGUACCUCGCGGCUUGGGUGCUUAUUUGGAUCAACAGCCGUAAAUGCUCGUUGGGAGUCGUCGACGAGCUUGUGGUGUGUCUCGCCUACUGGAGACACAGGCCACAGUGUCCCAUUCACUGUCACCCUCAACGAUCGCCCGUCCUCUUCUGAGGCACACUUGUUUAUGUUCCGGGAUUACUCUGCAGAGUGCGUGACCGGCCCCAAGAGCGCUCCAAUUGACCUUUUGGUGGCCGACAGAAACCAAACUCUGGAGGAAGCGUUUGGGCAAUUCUAUAGUGCAGACAUCACGGGAGAAUCUUUCCAGGGAACUGUUUUUCCGGGCAACGCCCGUUUCAUUUCGGAGUCGGAGAUGCAAGAUGGAUGCGAAUCCCACGACGAUUCCACUGCAGGCGCAGACUUCGUCCAGGGAUAUGCGAACAACAACGCCAGAAAUCGCGACGCAACUGUCCUGCGCGUAGUUCCUGAUAGUGGCUCCUACGCCGGAAACACUACCGUUCUUGUUGUUGGCACCAACUUCAUCGAUACUCAAAACAUCGAGUGCAUGUUUGGUGCAUCAGUGGUUCCGGCCCGCUGGCUCUCUCCGGCCCUGUUGAGUUGCCUUUCAGCCCCUGGGGAUGCACCAGGCAGGGUUCCUUUCAAUGUCGCCGUGAAAGGCGUGGCCUCGAGUUCUUCGUCUCUCGUCUUCUCGUACAAAGGUUUCCCUACUGUGAUCAACAUGCUGCCGUCAUUGGGGCCCGUUCAAGGAGGCACGAUCGUUUCAUUUCGAGGGGACGGAUUCGUAUUCUCAAGCGGUUUGAGGGCGCGCUUCGGAGACACUGUCGUUCCAGUCACGUUUGUCAGCCAGGGAGAGCUAGCGUGCACUUGUCCGCCUUCCUUUGCUGGAGACGUCACCGUGCUUGUCAGCGACCAUGACCAGGCUUUGAGCAGUGUCAACAAGUUGAUUUUCACGUACACAGGCAAACCGGUAAUUGAAGGUCUCAAACCAUCCCGUGGAAGCGUCGCCGGAGGCGAGAAGGUGAGCGUCCGUGGACGGCACUUCGCGAACAGUACGGAUCUAGCAUGCAUGUUCGGUGAAGCCGGCCUUGUUUCGGCCAGGUUUGAGUCGGACACAGAGAUUGUAUGCGACACGCCGGGCUUCGUCGGGGAAAUGGUUCAAGAGUUGGAGAUCACCAUCAACGGCAUCGACUUUACAUCUGAUGGAAACAUUUUCACGUUCACCGGGGCACCUGCCGUUCUUUCUGCUACUCCAGACAGUGGGAGUGCCAGUGGUGGCACAGUUGUCGUCGUAGAGGGGGUCAACUUCGUCGAUUCCAGUGAUCUUUCCUGCCACUUCGGUAGCUCGUCAGUGUCGGCACGAUGGAUUUCGUCGCAAGUCGUUCAGUGCGUGACCCCUCCAGGCGUUCCUGAUACGACCGUUCCACUGGCGAUCUCUUUUGUCGAGGGUCAGACAACUAUCGGUGGUGCAGAAUUCUACUUUUUUGCACAACCCACCAUUCAAGGGUUUUCUCCUAUGCAUGGCAGCAUCCACGGUGGAACUACGUUGUCGAUAUUUGGAGCCGGAUUCUGGUUUUCGGGUGAACUUCGUGUUCGUUUUGGGAGAACAGAUGUUCCUGUGACGUUUGUGAGCCCUUCUGAGCUGCGGUGCAAUUCACCAGCGACACCAUUCCCUGGGCUGGCUACCAUACUCGUGUCUGUAAACGGCGUGGACUUCUUUGGGCGAGAUGACGCGGAAUUCAACUACGUGAUCCCGACAAGAGUGAUCACUGUCUCACCUCGGGAAGGACCGCAAACUGGUGGGACAACAGUAUCUGUCAGCGGGAGUGGGUUCAGGAUGGGCUCCGGACUGGGCUGUAUGUUCGAUGGAGAGAAUGCCGCAGCGACGUAUCAUUCAGAGACACUAGUUAGUUGUGUCACGCCCCCAGCCAAGAAGGACCGUCAAGUGGUCGUCACUGUUGUAAACGGCGGACCAGAGCAUGCUGCGGAAGGCAAAGUGUUUAUUUACGGCGGAGGAGCCAGCAUUUCAUCGGUACACCCCGACAGUGGCCCAGUUUCAGGUGGAACACUCGUUCACGUCGACGGUUUUCACUUCGUCCAUGCGCAACAUAUUCGGUGUGUGUUUGGUACUCAGGUCGUACCUGCGCGCUGGGUUUCCUCCACUCAAGUAGUGUGCACAUCACCUCAAGCAAGCGAGGCGCAAGGAGUGCCGUUUGCCCUCGAAGUUGAGGAGGUCCACCGCCUCGACCAUGAGACGAUGUUCUCGUACUAUGAGGAGCCGACUUUGUUGGGCAUAUCCCCGCAAGUGGGAUCUGUCGAGGGAGGGACGACGCUCGAUCUUGUUGGGGAGUAUUUCACGUUCUCUAAAACGCUCACGGCAAGCCUUGGAGAUGUGGAAGUUCCCGUUGUAUUUAUCAAUUCAACCUUGCUUCGCUGCGUGACAGUCGCAUCAUCUGCGCAAACGGUUAAGGUUGGCCUCAACGUUGAUGGAGCACGGGGCAUGAAUCAACCAACAUGGCGCUACACCUUCCGCGGCAAACCUCGGGUGGUAGCCAUCGAACCUUCUCGCGGGAGCAUUGCUGGAGGGACCUUGAUUUCUGUACGCGGCGAUGGAUUCGAAGACACGAGGACCAUAGGUUGCAGGUUUGGGCCAAACGGCGAAAAUGUCGUCAAGGGCAAAUUCAUUUCAACCGUAGAGCUCGCAUGUACCACCCCUGUGGCUGCAGACACGGGACCCGUACAGGUGGAAGUGACUGUCGAUGGAAUCGAGUUCAGCGAUAGUGGGCAUCGCUUUACCUACCAUGGAAGCCCUUUGAUCACCUCCGUCAGCACAGCAUAUGGCAAUGCUGUUCUGGCCCAUGGCGGAUAUUUUGUUGAUUCCGAGACCCUUGUCUGCCUCUACGGUGCAUCGAGCGAGUCGCCAGGACGGUGGAUUUCGACUACACUUGUCGAAUGCGCCCCACCAACAUCAGACGUGAUCAGGGCCGUGGGAGGAAGCACCACAACCCUCGCCGUAGGCUUUGGCGGUGCAGAACAGACUGAAGCGGUUGUCUUUGAGCUGGCUCGUCCCUCUAACUUCUCCAGCCUUUCUCCCACUAUUGGCUCGUCAGCCGGAGGAACCAUGGUUUUCUUGCGAGGCACGGGCUUCGUUUUUGGUGGAGAUCUACGCGUUCGUUUUGGUGGUGUCGAAGUUCAAGCCACGUUUUUGAACGAGACGCUAGUUGCAUGCGUUUCUCCGGCCGGGGAGCCUGGCUUCACCGAAGUGGUGCCAAUACUCGGGACCGACGCCUCCGCAACCACUUCGAUUCAGUUCCAGUACGUUCAUGACGUAGAGGUGACAGAUGUUAAAAUAACAUCUAGCGACAUCGUCGGACGUAAAACGGCAGUUGUGAGAGGCGCCAACUUCGUCAGCACCAGUCAAUUACAGUGCAGAUUUGAUGAAAAUAUGCGGGUGCCAGGUAUCUUCAUAUCGGCGAGCGAGGUGUGGUGUGAUGUACCUCCGUUGACCGAGUCUGGACGAACGGCCGUGGAAUUAAGCGUCGACGGCUUCGUGUUUUUGCCAGCCGGAUUUGUGUUCGUGGGCGAAGAGGAGGAAUCUCUGCUCAUGCUUGACCCUUCGAGUGGCCCGGCGGUGGGGGGAACACUUGUUGUGCUAUCUGGUGGGAGCUUUCGGCGCUUUGACGGAGUGGAAUGCUCCUUUGGCCACGCGAGAGUUCCAGCGAUCUGGCUCUCCGAGGGGGAAAUUCAGUGCGAAAGUCCUCCAUGGCAAGAGGUGGAUCAGGUACGUGUGACAGCCUUGGUGGACGGCUACGAAGCUGGUGCUGGGGUGUUUACGUACGAGCAGCAUUUGGUUUUCUCCGUUUUUCCCGAGAAAGGCGAUGAUUCCGGCGGAACGCUCGUUACGAUAUCCGGGCGAGGACUUGACGUGAGCAAGCAGUGGGUUUGUUGGUUUGGUCUGGAGAAAACGCCCGGCGUUGUUGCCGCCGACGGUGAAGGUGGGACUUCUCCCUACUGGUACUUCUACCCACCGACGGUCUCGUUCGUACACCCUCUUGAAGUGGAAACAAGCGGCAGUACACCGUUCGUCGUGACGGUUACGGGAGGAAACUUCGUGGGCUCUGGUCCUCUCUCCUGUCGAAUGAAUGGGACGAUGGUAAAUGCUUUGUGGUUAUCGGGAUCGGUGGUAGAGUGCCCAUUUAUGGCGAUUCUUCCAGGAGAGCACGCUAUCGAGGUGUCCAACAACAUGGUUGAUUUCGUUCUCGCAGGCGUGAUCCUCGUUACAUUGCCAAGUGAUAGCCUCACGGUGAGCACAGGUCACGUCGCUCCUAGCAGGGGCUCUACCGAGGGCGGAACCUCCAUCAAGGUGUUCAACCCAGUCGUGGAACUCCUUGGCUCUGUGCGGCAUUGUAUCCCCGGGGAUCUCGUGUUGAACGCGACUACGUCAAGCAAGCAACAUGUGGAGUGCGUUACGGCAGCUCACGAGGAGGGGACGCCACCUGUGAGUGUCUGCGACUUGUCCGACAGAUGCUCUCAAAGCCAGGGUGAUUUUUCUUUCGUAGAUCCUCCUGUCGCGAAACGACUUGUGCCCAACAUGGGUUCUGUGCACGCAGCGUCAAUGGUCAAGGUGGAGACAUCGAAGGGUUGUGGUCAUGAUCCUGUGGACGUUUGGUGUCGAUUCGACGAUGUUGCUGUACGUGCGUCGUCGGUGCUCGAUGACUCCGUAACAUGUGCCUUUCCGACAAGCGAGGAUGGACUCUUCAACGUGUCCGUGUCGUGCAAUGGGGUCGACUUUUCGGACCCUCUACAACUCAUGCGCUACCCUGAGAUUUUUGUGUAUGACGCGUUUCCCCUUUCGCUUUCAAGCGAAGGGGGAUCAGUCGUUCACGUGAGUGGUCGAGGAUUUCAAAACGUAGCGGACGGAGGAACUGCGGGUCCCAGUCUGCUGUGUUUUUUCGACGAUACGCCAGUACCUGCAGUGUGGGUAUCCGAAGCGUUGGUGCUGUGUCGCUCGCCUCCAAAGGAUCCUGGCAUGGCAGUGCUCAGUAUCUCGACUUUCAUAUACCAGGAGGUGUUAGCAACCGUGAAUGUUUCAUAUGUCGACGGUGGCCAUGACAACAGCAGCUAUAUCCUGAGCCCCACCGCCGGAACCACGGAAGGGGGUACGGUCGUAUCGAUCACCGGGACGAACAGACUUACCGGCCCGGUGCUUUGCCUCUUCGGCGAAGAAGUUACGUCAGCAGUCUCUAUGUCUUCCUUUGAGGUUGCUUGCGUUACACCGAAAGCUUUUGCGCCAGGUCGCGUGGAUGUCAACAUAGUUUGGGCGGACUACAAGGAGGCCGUUGGCGAAUUUGAGUACAAGACAUACGUCCUGCUCUCCAGUGUGCGUCCAGCUGUGAUAGACACUGAUGGUGGCACUCACGUCACUGUUUUCUUGGAGGAAGCUUCUGGCGCUAUACCAGAUGCGGCGAACGUGAGCUGCAGAAUCGGUGAUGACCUGGUGCCAGCCUUGGUGCACCCGACUGGAUUGAGCGUCGUGUGCGUCGCGCCUGCCGGACCGCCAGGACCUGCAGAAAUUGGCCUUUGGAGUGAGGGGUAUCAAACAUCGCGGGGAGACUUGAGGCUGUCGUAUGCGUCUCUGCCGAUCGUCAGCAAGGUGAACCCUGUUGGUGGGCCGUCAGGUGGAGAUUCCCAAGUGGAUGUUUUCGGGCACAACUUUGUCUACUCUCAAGAUCUAGCCUGCUUCUUUGGCAGCGAAAGGUCGACGCACAUGGAGUGGUUGUCAACCUCACAAAUACAGUGCACUAUACCAAAGCUGCUGCCAGGUAUUGCUCAUGUCACGGUUUCGCUCGACGGGGUCCGAUUCAGCGAGCCCUCAAACGCUUCAACGUACGCAGUUCAUCAGGAUAUUGUGCUUGACCGUCUGGAACCAGCCAUGGGACGCGCUACUGGGGGCGCUGUAGUGGCGAUCACCGGCAACAGGAUUCCGCUGACGGGAGGCUUGGAGUGUCUGUUUGGGGAUGUUGCAACGCCAGCGGUCGUACUUAAUCGGACGUCUCUGGAGUGUGUAAGUCCCAAGCUGAGCGUGGGGUUGGUGCAUAUCAACCUGCAAUAUACGGACGGACGAGGGCGAAUGAACAGCGGUGGUGCGCAAGUACGAUUCCAGGUCAUUGCCGAGGAGCCGACCGUUCAAAUCAUGUCACCGAUGUCUGGGCCUGUCGAAGGCACCGCCAUGUGUCGAUUCGGUGACAUUUCUACGAAAGCAGCUUUCCACGCAUCUGGUAUUAUCUGCUCAUCGCCAACCCUCUUGACUCCCCAAAAGGUACUCCUCGAAGUAUCUGUGAAUGGCGCUGAUUUCACUUCGGACAGACACAAAUUUCAGUUCUUUGGGUCCGAUGCUGAAAAUUGGUCAAUUUCUGGGCAUCCAACUUACGGAGACCGAAGGGGCAAUACGGAAGUGGCGGUGCAUGCUGCGCUCGAGACGUUUACGGGCGAAGGGUAUGAAUGCGUUUUCGACGACGAGACCACUCCGGCGCUCGUAACUUCUCCUUCCUCCGUAACGUGCCGUUCGCCGCCGUUCGCCGGGGAGGGCAUCGUGGACCUCCGGGUGAAGUUAGCCGACGGAAAAGGUUUGACCGCGUCAACGCCAUUCGAAGUUUUCCCAGACAUCGAACUCCACUCUUUGAAUCCUGCAUCAGGAUCAUCAGCCGGAGGUUACACCGUAUUCGUGCGUGGGACCGGGUUUGUAGAUACGUCGUUGAUCUGUUGUCGCUUUGGUGGCCGAAGCAUUCCAGCGGAGUUGCUAUCGACGACCGCAUUAAGGUGUGUGGUACCGCCUCGGGUUGGCAAGGACCUGACUACGGUAGUCGUCGAGGUCUCGCACAAUUGUGAGGACUUCUAUGGUACGGGCCUCGACUUCAGCUAUGACCGCGACCUCUCCAACGCCCGGAAUCAGUCUGGGAGUGUUUCCCCCCAUUCCCCUGUGGGUUACAGAAAGAACUUGAUUCGAUGCACGCUGGAAGAGGCUGAGGUCAACUCGUCAGACUCCUGGGAGCAUCGGUCUAUUGCUUGUAUUUCGCUUGUGGACCCUCCUUCCGUCCACCCAGCAGAUCAAAUGGGCCACACUGCAAACAUCAUCCAAGUUUCGCCUUCCUCGGGUCCCGUGGAGGGUGGCUCGAUGGUGGAUAUUUCAGGGUUGGGCGAGGGGUUGGACGAUCACAAAGACAUGGUUUUCUGUAAAUUUGCAGGCGGUGGAAAAGUCGUGCUGGCAAAUGCAUUCCCAUUGUGGCAGCGAGGCACGGUGAGGUGCGUAACUCCACCGUGGCCUACUUCCGGCGCGGUGCUCUUGCAGGUUACCAGCAGUGAUUCAGACGUUCUAACCGCAUCAACGCCAUUCCUGUACUACUCACAGCCUAUUCUCUACGGCAUGUAUCCACUGACGGGGACGACUCAGGGACAGCCGAUGAUUCAUGUUGUGACGAGUGGGACAUCUGUAAUGGCAGACCCAACGUGUGGGUUCUUCGAUGCCAUGAACACCCUUAUUGCCUUCAGUACCGCGGUGUGGACGACGAAGACGGGCGCGUGGUGCCGAACUCCAGUCGCUGAACCUGGGCAAAUGGUCGUCGAAAUAUCUGCGAACGGUGUUGACUAUACACACGGCUCUGGGUUAGUGUUUACGAUCAUCAUGGAACCCAUGGUUCUCGACGUUAGCCCGUUGGUGGGUGCUGCCACAGGUGGCACGGAGGUAGCAGUUCGUGGUACUUCUUUCGGGCUUUCAAACACGGCAGUUUGCAAUUUCGACGGCGCACCAGUCCCUGCAACGAUAGUAAACAACAAUUUGGUGGUGUGUACAGCUCCACCCACCUCACGUAAGCUGCCUGCGACAUCCGAGCAGGUCAACUUCUUUCUGACCCUGAACAGCAAAGAGGUGGGACCUUCCAAUUCCAACACCUUCCCCUUCAGCUACGUCGCCUGCCCCGUGGUGUCAGCAAUAUCUCCAAAAGCUGGGCCCGCAGCAGGCGGAACCAGUAUAUUCGUGGAAGGCGACAACUUUGUCGAUACGGGAAACGGUGUUGAGUGCGUAUUCGGGGCUGACGUCACUCCAGCAACGGUGAUGUCCGUGAACCGGGUUCUCUGUAGUUCUCCACCUCACCACGACGGAGAAAUCGCAGUGGCCGUAAGAAACGACGGCGGCCGGGCCAUCGUUUCACAGCAUGGACCAAGCUUCGUCUACAACUCCUCUCUGCGGAUACCCCCGUCCGCCACGGAGGUACCAUCGACAUCCGCUGACACCGGCUUCAACGAGAUUGACAGUGGAACGUGGAGUAGCCACACUGCGUGCACUACUGGUCGAGACGGGGUGGGCAGGAACUAUGAUGGGAGUGGUUGCGACGUCACACGCGGUCGAGUGGAAUACAUCAGACCUGACAACGGACCACGGGCAGGAGGAACCCCUGUUGUUGUGACGGGACUUUUCUUCGAGGCGAGCGGAGUUUUGACGUGCCACUUCGGCACACAACAAACGCACGGAUACGCCGUGAACACCACACGCUUGGUUUGCUUGGCGCCACCCUCUCGCGAAAAUAAAUCCGUGCUCUUCCAUGUGGCCAGUGACGGCCAGCCUUUGCCGUCAGACGACGUUGUGUACUACUUCGAGGACGCACCUGUCGUAUUACAGCUACAGCCACGAAUUGUGUAUCAGGGUAUUGACAGUACCGACGUCGUGGUGACCGGGGAAGGCUUCCGUAAUGACUCAUCGCUUGCUUGCCUAUUGGGUGACGAGACCAUCGUACGAGCGAAGUUCCUGUCCGACACGUCCGCUGUUUGUUCUAUGCCGCGGAACGUCGGAUACGUUCGGUUGCAGUUGACCAAUAACGGCGUAGACUUCAGCUCAAGCGGGCAUGGCGUUGCUUUCGUUCCCCAGCCCCUCGUGACUGGUAUCGAUCGUUCCCCUGCGUCAUCAUUUGGCGAGGCGGGCGUCCUUUUGUCGGGUUUGCACUUCUUGGACGUUCCUGAGCUUGCAUGCGUUUUCGGAGAACAUGUUGUCCCGGCAGAAUGGAUCUCAGCGGAGAAUGUAUGGUGCAAGCUGCCUGACUUACGUGUGCCAGACCUUGUGGGAGUCACGGUAUCACUCAAUCGCCAGGAGCUACACCGGGGUUCUGCAAACUUCGAGAUUUUAACCCCACCAAGUGUGCUGGUGGAGUCUGCACAACCAGCAUUCGGGCCAUGUCACGGGGGCACCGUGGUCACCAUUGGAGGCAGCAACCUGAGGGGACGAGGAGAAACUGUCUGCAGAUUUGGCAGUGCGGGCGAUGUGGUUGCGCAAGUCAUCAAUACUUCCACCGUCCGGUGCGUUUCACCUGUAAGUCAGGCAGGCGAGAUGCGCAUCCAAGUUGGAACGAGUGAGCAUCUCUUCAGCGCGGCAUCCGUGGCGUUCACGUACGUUGAGGUACCAACGGUCACCAGUUUACAUCCGUCAACAGGCGUUGUGCAUGGUGGGACUCGAGUUACAAUCCUGGGCUCCAACUUUGCCAAUACCACCGAGUUGGAAUGCCAUUUUGGCACUCAAACCGCCCUAAAGGUGGCAUUUGUAUCUGCUGAAGAGGUUGUUUGUGAGACUGCUCCGAGUGUGACGCCAACCGUUGUUCCAGUUACGGUGUCAAUUUUAUCCAAGGUCCUGACCUGA